UUCAACGAAAAAAUGAAAGCUGUACACGAAAUUAUUGUUUUGUGUACAGCAACAGUAAUGCUGACCGCUAUAUCCGCCAGUAUUAUACCACAAGACUUCCAGUUACUGAAGCGACUACUCCAGUAUAAAUCCACCAAUGCCGUCUCCGUUCGAAAUACCGCGCCGGCGACUCUUGCGGUGCCGAUCACGACCACCGAACUCUCGGUGAUUGUCGCGCAAACCGACAACCUUCCCGUAAUGAACGACUUUUACAAUACUAUCUACACCGGCAACCGUACGGUCGACGUUAAACUACGCCAAACCAUCAGCGCCGCCGUUCCUCACUUACAGAAACUGGCUGCUAAUCGCACUGAUAAACUGUCCAAACAACGCGCUCUAGUCCAGUUAGCAGUGGAACUACAACCGCUAAUUGGACCCAUUAUCCGCAGCUAUCCUAAUCUAACAGCGAAUAUUACCUACCCGAAUAAAGGGCCGAUUAUUAACAAUUUCAACCGAACAGCUCGUGGAGGAUAUGGCGGAGGCGGCUGGGGCUGGGGCGGAGGUUGUUGUGAAGAGCCUGUAAGUCUGGCAGAUGAAUUGCAGGAAUGACCUUUUAUUUGAUUAGCUAACAAGUCGAAUAAUCGGGUAUGUGAUAUGUGAUCCUGUUCUGAUUUAUUAGCAUGUAUUCGUGCUGGAAAAAGGGUGGGGAGGAGACGAUCACGAUGGGCUGGUAUGUUUUUUCUCUUCCGGGUAACUGAAAGGUCUUCCUCAGUUUCGAUCCUUGGGAAUUUAUUUCAGCUGAGCUACUUGCUGGCCAAUAAAGGUGGUUUAGGUGGAAAUUCGGACCUUAACACGCUUUUGCCGCUCCUGUUUGGCUUGAUUGCCUUGUUAAUUAUGAAGCUGCCAACUUAAAUCGCCCGAGAUCGCUUGGGAAAGACAACAAAUUUCAACAAAGAAAGGAGCACAUUGCAACAACCGAAUGUGUCUAUGUAUAUUUGUUAACUCAGUUGGUGCAAGGUUUAUUUGAAAUAAUUCUCCUAUCUGUUGUCAUAUGACUGA